AUGGCUGAUGAAUGUGGAGUGUUGUCAAUAAGUGAACAGUUAAGAUUAGCAAAAGAUAUGGGUUAUACUGAUGAGGAUAUUAUGAAUGCAGUAAGUAUGAACUGUGACAAAGAUGGAUCUUAUCGACCAUUUUCUUCUACAAACGCAAUGAUUGAUAUGUUAACUCGAGUGCAAAAAGCAUGUUCAUCGCCAAAACAUCAAAAAAAAACUUGCAUUUUUGCUGAUAAUGAAUAUGGACCUGGUCGAAGUUCUCAAUCACGAAACCCGUGUUCCACCGUUCGUCGUACAACUUCCUUUCACAAUUCUUCGCCAUUAAGACCUUUUGAUCACUUCGACGACUUAUCUGCUUCAUCCUUGCAUGAACUGCGUGUUCGUCCAAGUGCUCCUUUUCAGCUGCAACGGCUAUUGGAUGCAUUUGAUAAAGAGCGGAAAAAUUUUAGUGAGGAAUCUAAGCGAUCUGUUCAGAUGCUCGAGGAUAGAUGCAGGUUAUUUGCCGAUAAUCAAGUCUUGUGGCAUAACCGCUUGUUCGAUAAAGAGUGCGAAAUAAAGGCGUUGAAGGCUCAAAUUCAUGAUCAUUCCAGUUUAAGUGAGCAUCUGAAAUUAACUAAGGCAAAAUUGGAUGCCGAGUUACUGGAAAAUAAGAGCAAAACGGAUCAAAUUCGCGUACUUACCGAGCAAGCUGAGGUCGUUAAGAAGCAACACGAUAGCGAGAUUCGAGAAAAAGAAAAGAUGAUCAGCGACUUAUUAAUAAAACUGAAUUCAGUAGAAGAGACAAAUAAAUCUUUAAAGGAGAUCAAUGAAAUAUUACAAAAAGAAAUUGAAGAACUGAAGCAAAUAUUGGUGAAGAAACAAAGUGACAUCGAAAAAUGUAACAAUUAUCUUGAUGAAAUUCGAAAAGCAGAACAACUUGUCGAGCAAAUACGCUUAGAAAGAGAUGAAGUUAUGUCACUCCUGAAUAAAAUACCAACAUGCGUCAUUUGCUUGGACAAACGACCACAAAUGCUUUACAUGCCUUGCUCACAUUUCAUAUGCUGUGAAACUUGUGGCAGCAGAUUCGAACACUGUCCAACAUGUCGUCAAAAAAUAUGCGGGAAAAUCACCUCUACUGCCUCUUCUGUAUCAUCCUGCCUAACGUCUUCAAAACGGGAUCGUGCAAACCCAUUCCGAUCUUAA